AUCCUACUGCGGUAUUCUAGUAUACUGUGACAAUGAUAACAAAUGUCAAAAAUUUUUAUUUUUAUUUUUAUCUGAUGUUGGGUUUUACUUGGUGACUCAGUAUUGUUAAACUUACUCAACGAGGUUAAUACUGUGUUGUUUACUUAACUUUAGUCGAAUUCUUUUCUGAUUAUUAUUAUUAUUACCACAAAAAUAGAAUGGCUUCUUUGUACCCGAGUUUGGAAGACAUGAAGGUGGAUCAGAUGUGCCGGGCUCAAAUUCAAAAUGAGUUCUCGGCUCCGGCGCCGCCCUCUUAUAAUCCCGGAACUUAUAAUGCUGGAGUUCAAGCUCAAGUAGGCAGUGAGGCUCACGUAUAUCCCGCACUCGGAGAUUACAUGGGAUUAGAAUUCAGUGAAACACUUAUUAAAGAGAAUAUGCCAGAGUAUGUGCACCAGGUAGCCAUAUUUCAACAGUCUAUUCCUGCUGGUGGUACUACAAUGAUCGCCCCCAUUUCCAGUCAAUCUUUAGGACUGCAGAAAGCCCAAGUUACCCAUGGAAUUCGUGAACUAUUACUUUGUAAAGAUCAAAAUAAUAAAAUAGGGCUACGCGUCAAAGACAUUAAUAAAGGCAUAUUUGUUUGCCUUGUAAUUGAAAAUUCUCCCGCUGCCUUAGGGGGUUUGCGAUUUGGCGAUCAAAUAUUGCAAAUUAAUGGGCAGGACCUAGCUGGGUAUUCUACAGAUAAAGUACAUGAGCUACUAAAGAAAUCUCCAGUUAAUGGCAUAAGAAUAGUUGUCAGAGACAGACCAUUUGAAAGGACUAUUACUCUUCAUAAGGACAGUGUUGGCAGUCUUGGAUUCCAAUUCAAAAAUGGAAAAAUUGUCGCCAUAGUUAAGGAAUCUUCGGCCGCACGAAAUGGGGUGUUGACAGAGCACCAGUUGUUAGAGGUCGAUGGUCAGAAUGUAGUUGGGUUGAAGGAUAAACAAAUUAAGGAGAUUAUGGACAAAGCUGGAGAUAUAGUAACUAUCACUGUGAUACCCAGUUUUGUUUAUGAACACAUGGUUAAGAAGAUGGCUGGAUCCCUGAUCAGAAAUUUAAUGGACCAUUCCAUUCCCAUAUUGUAAAAGGGUAACCUUAACCCACUACUUUUUUUGCAUUUAAUGGAUUGUCAUUAUACUAAAACCUAAAAAUUAUAACUAUUGCAGUGUUCCAAUUCCUUCAAUUUAAUAUUUUUUGUGCAAUUAUUAUAAAGCAUAUAGUUUUUUAGUUCUGUAGGUGUUUUUUCUUUAUUUUUACUCUAUUAUCUCAUGGUAUGUGACACAUAUGAAAGGGAAUGAAUGAUAUUUGUGAUCGAAUGGUGCCACCUAGUUUUUACUAGUUUUAUAGGACAAUAUUGUAUAAUAUUUUAAAUUAAAUGUGUUCUCCAAUCUAGAA